UGACUGCAAUGUCUGAAUUUGAAGUAUUUGAUUUUUGAUUUGUCAAAUCCUGAUAAAACUGUAGUGUCCUGCAAUAUCCGUAGUCCUUACAGCUGUAGUUCAAAUCGAAUAAUAUUCGAUUUCCGGAGAUUGUCAAUAAAUCCAAACAAACACGAUUUGACAAAAUAAGUGUAUUCCAUACAGUUGAUUUGUUACUGAAUAAGUGUUUAUUAUUACUUCUGAAAAUUACUUACUUCAAUUAUGUCUAAAAGAUACCAAAAUAAGAAAUAUGGAAGAUCCAGCAAUGCUUCUGUUGGAGAUAAGGCUAAGGAAGUUCUAUCAAAUAUUGAUGAAAAUAAUAGAGUAUUCAAAAUGUUCAAAGAAUUUUCGAAAGAAUUAGAUACAAAGCAUGAUCGAUAUGAAAGAAUUGUUAAAUUGAGUAGAGACAUUACUAUAGAAAGUAAAAGAAUUAUUUUUGCUCUACAUAGCACAAAUACAGAUAUGGAUGAUAAAAAACAAGCAGUUUUUAUUGAUGUAGAAUCUAGAUUAAAUAAUUUGGUGCAGACAAAUUUCAAGCAAAUUGCCCUUGAACUACAUGGAUUAGAUCCUUAUUUGUAUCAAAAAGCAUAUACAAAUGGAAUGCAAGAGUUUAUUGAAGCAAUGGUUUUCUUUCAAUACUUAAAAAAUGGUUUCAUCGAGUCUUGGGAAGUAAUUAAUAAGAACUUUACUUAUGAAGAUGAAGAAAAAGGUGAAAUUGUUCUUCACUUUUCUCAUAAUGAUUUUAUCUUGGGUAUAGCCGAUUUUACUGGAGAAUUAAUGAGAAGAUGCAUCAAUAAUCUAGGCAUAGGGAAUGUUGAGGAUUGUUUCAAACUAUGUGAUUGUGUUAGAUACAUUAAUGCAGGAUUUUUGGGGACUAUCACACAUGGGCAGAAGGAAAUUGGACGAAAAGUUUAUACUUUGAAGCAGAGUCUGGCAAAAAUGGAGUUGGUAUGUUACAAUUUGAGAAUUAGAGGAAGUGAAAUACCUAAACAUAUGUUAGUUUCUGUGUUGGAUAACCAACAAGAUUUGAAUGAAGACGAUGAAGGAUUUUAUUAAUAAAGACUGAUUAAUUGA